CGUUCCUUCCUGUUCCCUCUCCGGACCGCGCGCGCGCCCGUCGCUUUCUCUCGCCCGUUGCUCUCGCCGCGAGAGAGAGAGAGAGAGAGACAGAGAGAAGAAGAGAGCGGUCCGUUUGCGCCUCGAGGCACUCGGAAUUCUCUUCUUUCUUUUUUUCCCCCCCCCCUUUCUUCCCGCCCUUUCCGACAGAGGAGAGUCGGCGGGAAAUUCGUCCCGUCCGCGCUUUCCCUGCGAGACGACGACGCCGUCAGCGGAUUUCCGGCUGGUGUGCCCGCUUGGGACGGUUUCGGGGGAAGGGGGUGAGAGAGAGAAAGGUGGAUAAGAUGAGAGCCGAUGUCGUGUCGACGAUGAUCCAACGCCAGCGGACGCACCGCCGUCGAGCCUUAUCGGAGCGAUCUUGAGGCGGUCGGAUGUGCAGCGACGCGCGGAGGAUAACGACGACGCGGGACGACGGGACGACGCCGGCGGAAUCGCUCAUUCGCCGUUUUCGUCGAGUGCUCUCAUGAAGUCAUCACUCAACGGAGAACAUGGAGACCGACUGCUUAUCGAUAAUCGCUAGGCUGUGCAUACUACUGAUGCUGUUCGGCCCAGUCACAGAUGUCCACUCGCUCGACAUACGAUCAUGCAACCAGUCCUUGGGGAUGGAGUCGGGUGACAUACCGGAUUCAGCUAUCACUGCGUCCUCGUCGUAUGUGACGAACGUCGGACCGCGAAAUGGCCGACUCCGGAAGGAGACCGCCGGGGGUGCCUGGUGCCCAAAAAGCCAGAUAGAGAAAGGGGUCCGCGAGUGGCUUCAGGUCGACCUACCGGGCGCCCACGUCGUCACCGGUGUGCAGACACAGGGUCGUUACGAUCACGGCCGCGGUCAAGAGUACGUCGAGGAUUACACCCUGGAGUAUCGACGUCCCGGUUUCACCGAGUGGCGGCGAUAUAAGCGCUGGGACAACAAGGAGGUUUUGGCCGGCAACAGCGACACCUCCACCGUCGUGUCGCACAAAUUGAUCCCGCCUAUCUUCGCCAGCCAAAUCCGGAUCCUGCCGCACUCGGAGCACAGACGCACGGUGUGCCUUCGCAUCGAGCUCAAAGGAUGCCGGGACACGAGCGGUGUGGUGAGCUACAGCAUCCCGGACACCUCGAUGCCGGAGCUCAGCGAUGUCUCGUACGACGGUAAGAGGCAGGACAACUUGUUGACCGAUGGCUUGGGCUGUCUAAUCGAUGGCGAGGUCGGCGCGGAUAAUUACAGGCAGGACAUGGGAGACGGAAAAGGCACGGGUUGGGUCGCUUGGCUGCGUGACACCUUCGCCGAGAACUUCGUGGAGCUCAUCUUCGAGUUCGAAGCGACGUUAGUCUUCGAGGCGGUGCACAUCUAUACCAACAAUUAUUUCUCGCGGGACGUGCAGGUAUUCUCGAGGGCGGACGUCUGGUUCAGCACCGACGGCGAGAGCUACGAGGACGAGCCGUUGCCUUACUCCUACAUACCGGACCUGGUGCUGGAGAACGCCCGGAACGUCUCGAUCGGUCUCCACGGGCGACGCGGCCGCCUGCUCAAGCUGCACCUGUACUUCGCCGCGCGAUGGAUCAUAAUCAGCGAAGUGAUGUUUGACGCGACGAAUCCCUACGAAAACACCACGGAAGAGGCGGCGUCCGAGUUCAGCAACCGGGAAAUUCCAGUCAACCCCGAAGUGGAUCUCAACUUACAAACGAUUACAGCGCCGGGAGAUGGUCAGGAAUACCUGGAAGUGCUGAUCGGUGUGCUCACUGCCAUUAUACUGCUGCUUCUAUUGGUCUUCUUCAUUAUUUUAUUCCUGAACCGGCGGCAGAAAUUACAAAGCUCGCCAACGGUGUUGAAAAAUCCGUUUGGCUUCGCCAUCAAUAUGAAGGGUCUCUUACUGAAUUUGACGCCUGGCGGCAUGCUGACGGCGGAAACCGCCAAUCACGUAUCUCCGGACAUACCGGAAGACGUGAGCAUGCACGAGUCGCUCACGAUGGAACAGUUUAACUCGCCGCUCGUCAGCCCUCAAUACAAGUCCACGUAUGCGAUCGUAGCGAGCUCCGAAUCCCCGAAGGAUUUCCAGAACAUAGAAAUACCGGAAGAGAGCGUGCGACUGGACGCGCGGCCGGAGUCUACGGUCGGCCCGUCCAGCUGCUCCUCAUCGCCGACCAACUCGCCGGCUCGUCAUUCCCAGCACUACAGGACCCUUCAAAGUUACAGCAGUCCAACUAGGAAACUCAAUAUCGCGGUUACGCCCAAUCACCAAAGGGAUGUCGAUCAGGUUCACUCGAAGCGCUGGCACACAGCGCCAAAGGAGAAGCACAAGAUACCAGCGCCUGUCGUCAGUUGGAACAUCGCACCUAGUAUGAACAAGCCGUACAAAUGCAAGGAAAUAGAGCCGACCAAUAUACCACGACAGUGCCUGCGAACGACGGAGAAACUCGGCUCGCGGAACGUAGGAGAGGCUAUAAUAUGCGAAGCGGUGGGUCUGGACGAGGUCGUGUCUGACGCUCCCCGACUAGUCGUCGCGCGUGUACCUCUGUGCACCAGCGACAUUCGAACUAACAACGCGGUCGACCAGAUGAGGGAGGUGCGAUUCCUGUCGUGCCUGUCCGACCCGAACGUGGCGCGAGUUCUGGGGGUGUGCACGGUCGAGCCGGUGCCAUGGACGAUCAUCGAGUACACCGAGCUCGGUGAUCUCGCUCAUUACCUGCAGUACAGUGUACCGCUCACGGGAACGCUCAGGCCGAAUUGCAACUUGAAAGCUCUCAGUCAGAGUUGCCUGCUGUACAUGGGAACGCAGAUAGCGUCCGGAAUGCGAUUCCUCGAGUCGAAGAAUCUGGUGCACAAGGACCUGGCGGCCAGGAACUGCCUGGUAGGUCGUUCCUACGCCGUCAAAGUGACCGACAUUGCGAUGUGCAGUGAUCUUUAUAAGAAGGAUUACAGCGAUAUCGGGGGUAGACCGCCCGCGCCAAUCCGGUGGCUACCGUGGGAAAGUAUUUUGCUGGACAGGUACACGUGUUCGAGCAGCAUCUGGUCAUUCGCCGUGACGCUCUGGGAGGUGAUGAGCUUGGCCAGAGAGAAGCCCUUCCAACACUUGUCUAACGAUCAAGUUAUCCAGAACGCCGAGCAUAUGUAUUACGGAGCGGAGCUGCAAGUACUCCUGCCGAAACCAACCAUGUGUCCGGAGGAGGUGUAUCGGAUGAUGUGUUCAUGUUGGAGAAGAGACGAGACAUCGCGACCAACCUUCAAGGAUAUCUACACGUUCCUGAAGAACAUAAUAGCGGACUAUCGACCCGGUGCAUAAGAAUAAUCUCGGUAAACUGUGAUACGGGAACGGACGGAUCGUCUCCUUCGGAUGCGAACGACGACGACGACGACGAAAUCGGGAGUGCCCUCCCCCUCGCCCUUCCCAAGGGUUGAGGGCUGGUCGAGGCGAGGUUUCGCGGGAGGUCGGGUCUCAGCUGACCCCGAUCAGAGAUUUCCCGGGAAAUGUACAAUCGUUAGUUUUUAGACGCAUGUGUGUGUCGGAGACGAGCUCGCGCGUCCCCCGUGCGUCCCCCUCCUCCUCCUCCCCUCCCUUUUCCGCAUGGAAAGUUCAAGAGACCGAAGAUCGCGAGCGCGGCUCGGCAACGAUCGGGAGGAACGAUCUGCGCCGCGGACGUUAUCACUCGUAAUCUGUCGCCCGGACGAAAAGACGAUAACGAAGUCUUCAUCGUGAUCGGACCGAGCACGUCGACGCGGGAACGCGAGAGAGAGAGAGAGACGUCUGAGUGUCACUUUGCGAGCGCAAAGUUCGUUUCUCUCUCUCCCUCAGAUACGCCAGAUAACCUCGCCUCUCUCGUCGUCAAACGAGAACAGCGUAUGUGCGUACGUGCGGGCGUGCGAUCGCAUCGCCUUCGUCUGAUGGACGUCUAAUGGAACUUCAUUGAAUAUUUUCUAGUCAGUACGAGUCUUUGAUUCUCACGAAAGUGCUAUCGUGUACAGUAUUCUGACAUUAAUAAUGUGUAAUAUGUACGCUAACUAUGCUCAGUACCGAAUACAAAAGUCUAUCCAUUUGUACAUACGAAGGUCUAGGUCUUAAAUGCUAGGUGAACGGGAAAUUUUUACGGCAGUAGGUGCGUCACGACGGUUCGCCACACUUCGUUUCGCCCGGGCUUCCCCUACACGCGGAGAGAAUUUUGUAGGAGGGUGUACGAUCGCGCAAAAUAUGGCCGAAAUGUGGCCCCGAUGUUAACAGCGUUUGUACCUGCGUGUACAUCGUAUUACAAAUGCGUACACAGUAAAAAAGGUUUUCUACUUAUACUAAAAUCCUCCUCCGUAAAACUCCUUGCUAAAACUUUGUGUUAAAUUCGUAAUAUAUCCGUGUGUUAAUCUAACAUAUUGUAUAUAACAUAUAUAUGUUGUAUAUAACAUACAUGCGUUUUCACUUUUAACAUAUUGUAUUUACGUUAUCUCAAUAUUUUGUGUUGAAUUGAUAUUCAA